AUGGCUAGCAAUUCCAUGUCUACCGAAAAUGGCGUCCCUACCCAGUCCACUGUCACGGGGGCGUCAAAUUUCUUCGAGGCUCUGUAUGAUGCAGGCACACGAUACUGCUUUGUCAACCUGGGGAGCGAUCAUCCUGCGCUCUUGGAAGCAAUGGCAGCGUCCAAAUCAGAUAAAACAAAGAGACUUCCCACAAUCGUCACCUGUCCUUCAGAGCUAGUUGCAUUAUCAGCUGCGUUGGGCUAUGGCCAAGUCACUGGUACCGCUCAAUGCGUCAUUGUACACGUGGAUUGUGGCACUCUUGCGAUGGGGCAGUCGAUUCACAAUGCGUCCAUUGGUCGUGUCCCGGUCCUUAUGUUUGCCGGAUUGAGUCCCAUUACACAGGAGGGCGAAUUGCUAGGGUCCCGGACUGAAUUCAUUCACUGGAUCCAGGAUGUACCGGAUCAAGCUGCAAUCGUCCGACAGUACUGUAGAUAUACAGCAGAAGUCCGGGUCGGCCACAACAUCAAGCAGCUUGUCAAUCGGGCGAUUCAGAUUGCCACGUCGGACCCCAAGGGGCCUGCCUACCUGACCGCCUCGCGGGAGGCUCUUGAACAGGCAAGUCGGCAAAAUGGGGUGCCACGGUGUCCUGUCCGCUCCCGGAAUCUGGCAAGUAGCACAACAUACCCAGCCCUCGGCAUGAACAUGAAUUUAACAAGAUCAGAAAUCGAAUUAAUCGGCAAGUCGUUGAUAAGAGCAGAGCGUCCUCUGGUUAUAACAGGCUACCUUGGUCGGAACGUUCGAGCGCCACCUCUGCUCGAAGCUCUAUGCGACAGGUUGCCGAUUGAAGUAAUUGAGACUAUCGGCUCCGAUUUGUGCAUCAGCAGUGCCCACGAGGCAUACAGGGGAGUCACGAUCUCGACUCAUCCUCUUGUACCGGACGCCGAUGUUAUCCUGGUCCUGGACUGUGAUGUACCGUGGGUUCCAACACAAGGGACACCUUCUAAAGAUGCUAAAAUAUUCCAUCUUGAUGUCGAUCCGCUCAAACAGCACAUGUCACUCUUCUACAUCAAUGCGCACCGAAGGUACACAGCGUCCUGCGAGCUGGCCCUCGAACAACUCAACGCGUUUCUCGACCGCCAGAAUUUGGAUAGAUCAAGUCUUGCUGGUCGUUUUGAGGCGAGGCGCAACAGAUAUCAAGAAUGGCGAGCUAGUCUGUUAUCGCGGGAGGUGCCUGCUGGAGAUGGUAUCGUUCGAGUGCCAUACUUCAUAUCUCGUCUGCGAGAAUCUUUGCCCCAGAACACCACCGUCGUCAUGGAAGCUGUCACAAAUGCCAUCCCGGUGAUUCAUCAUUUGAAUCUCACCAAGCCAGGGGGGCUCCUAGGAUCAGGCGCCGGUGGUCUCGGAUGGCUUGGAGGCGCAGCAAUGGGCGUGAAGCUCGCAAAACCACAUGACUUCGUGUGUGCAAUUGUCGGUGACGGGACGUUUCUAUUCUCUCAAAUGGAAAGCGCCUUCUGGAUCUCGAAGCGAUAUGAUAUACCUUUCUUACUUAUCGUGCUAAACAAUGGUGGUUGGAAUGCUCCAAAGGUGUCAGCACUUCUCGUGCAUAAGGACGGGCUUUCAUCGAGACAUGACAGGAAAGAUCUCAAUCUCUCCUUCGAGCCAUCUCCUGACUAUGCCGGUAUCGCCGCUGCAGCAGGCAACUCCUACGGGGCUCUCAUUGAGACAGAGGAUCAAGUGGAACCAGUCCUCAAGGAGGCCGUCAACACUGUGCAGAGUGGAAAGUCUGCUGUUGUUGAAGUCCGGUAG